CCCCCCCCCGCCCUCCAAGGAGACCCAUGGAGCUCCCGCCUGUGGGCCUCGCAGCCCCCUAGAGUCUUGCCUCAGUCACUCAGCCCCUUCCGUCCCCUGCCUCUCCCCUCUCAGGAGACGGGUCGUCGUCGUCGUCCACUAUGGAAUACCUCACCACCUUCACGGGCAAGAGCGGCCGCCUCUUGAGGGGCACCGCCAGCCGCCUGUGGGGGAUCGUCCCCGGCGCGGGGAACCCUCGCCAGGUCCACUUCCAGGACUCGCUCCAUGAGGGGGAGCCCAAGGCGACGCCCCCACUAGAUACUGGUCAGAAGAAGACCCUAGACAAGAAAGAUGGGAGGCGAAUGUCUUUUCAAAAGCCUAAAGGGACUAUUGAAUACACAGUUGAAUCGAGAGAUUCUCUGAACAGCAUUGCUCUGAAAUUCGAUACAACACCUAAUGAAUUGGUCCAGUUAAACAAGCUAUUCUCCAGAGCAGUUGUUCCAGGACAGAUCUUAUAUGUUCCUGAUCCAGAUUAUGUUUCCAGUGUGGAGAGUUCUCCUUCUCUUAGUCCUAUAAGUCCUUUAUCACCUACAUCUUCAGAAGCAGAAGUUGAGAAAACAGCCAUAAGUGAUCAAGAUGGGCCACAUGGGAAGGAAGCAACAGCCACGCCAGGUCACACAUGUGUUCGGCCUGCUAGAGUGGUGUCGUCCACAUCAGAAGAAGAAGAAGCCUUCACAGAAAAAUUUCUCAAAAUUAACAGCAAAUACAUAACCAAUGGCAAGGGAACAGUCAGUGGAGUGUUGCUAGUGACGCCAAGCAAUAUAAUGUUUGAUCCACAUAAAGCGGAUCCAUUGGUUCAAGCAAAUGGCUGUGAAGACUAUGGAAUCAUGUGUCCAACGGAGGAAGUGAUGUCUGCUGCUAUGUAUAAAGAAAUCAUAGAUGGAAAAAUAAAGGAUUCCUUACCCAUCGACACAGAUCAGUUAUCUGUAAAAGAUUUCUGUCAUUUAAAAAAGAUUACAAGAAGCAAUACUGAUGAAAUGGACUCAAGGAUGCUAGAUACAGGGAAUGAUAGUGCCAGCACAGCUCCAAGGAGCACCGAGGAGUCUCUUUCGGAGGACGUGUUCACCGAAUCGGAACUCUCUCCAAUAAGGGAAGAACUUGUUUCUUCUGAUGAGCUUCGACAAGACAAAUCUUCUGGAGCCUCAUCGGAAUCUGUCCAGACAGUAAACCAGUCUGGUGCUGAACAUGUAGCAGUAAUUUCAGACUCGACUAGCGUUCCUGGCGAUACAAACUGCAGUGCAGAACUUCCUGUGAACACUGACAGCAAGUCUGUUAGUGAUAAUGUGGGUUCAGAAGCAGCCAGAAGAGCACUAGAAGAGGUACCAGGUUCUGUAGGAGGGAAGGCUGCUGACACUCAAGAAGCACAACACUGCAUAGAUCAGGAAUCUGUAAUAGAAAAUGUGCCAGGAGGCGAGGAAUGUUUGCGUUUUGAAGAACAGGACUCUAAAAGAGAGGUUGUAAAUAAGGGGAAACUUGUGAAAGAGUCCACUCAAGAUUCUGAGACGGAUAUUGAGGAGCUACGGAAACUUUGGAAGAGCCAUACUAUGCAACAAACCAAGCAACAAAGGGAUAACAUGCACCAAGAUGCGCACAAAGAAAUGAAACACAAAGUAGCAACAGCCGAUGGAACAAUAGAAGGUUCUCUUAUGAAAGAGAAGAGAAGACAUCGAUUACAUAAGUUCCUGUGUCUCAGAGUUGGCAAGCCAAUGCGAAAAACAUUUGUGUCACAGGCCAGUGCGUCAAUGCAGCAGUAUGCACAAAGAGAUAAGAAACAUGAGUACUGGUUUGCUGUGCCCCAGGAGAGGACUGAGCAUCUGUAUGCCUUUUUUGUUCAGUGGAGCCCAGAAAUAUAUGCAGAAGAUACUGGAGAGACCACUAAAGAGCCUGGGUUUAUAGUGGUAAAAAAAUUUGAGGAGUCUGAAGCUGGUGACGAUUCAGUUAAUGAAGCAGCUGCUAAGGAGUGGGAGGUAGUGUCAGUGGCUGAGUAUCACCGCAGGAUCGAUGCUCUAAAUAGUGAAGAACUACGCACACUCUGCAGACGUCUCAAGAUAACAACAAGGGAAGACAUACAUUCAACGCAGGGAACAACCAUCAAGACCGAACUGGAGCCAGAGGUGUUUCGGCCAAAUCUUAGUGACCCCAGUGAAUUGCUACAAGUGGAACAGAUUGAAAAGCUUACAAAGUGUCUUCCACCUCGAACUAUUGGGUAUCCAUGGACCCUUGUCUACAGUACUGCAAAGCAUGGCAUGAGCUUGAAAACACUCUACAGAACCAUGAUGGGGUUGGACACCCCUGUACUAAUGGUUAUCAAAGACAGUGAUGGACAGAUUUUUGGUGCACUAGCUUCUGAGCCCUUUAAAGUCAGUGAUGGUUUUUAUGGCACUGGAGAAACCUUCCUUUUUACUUUCGCUCCAGAUUUUGAGAAAUUCAGCUGGACUGGAGACAAUAUGUUCUUCAUUAAAGGAGACAUGGAUGCCCUAGCUUUUGGUGGUGGAGGGGGUGAAUUUGCACUCUGGCUCGAUGGAGAUCUCACCAUGGAAGAAGUCAUUCAUGUAAAACAUUUGGGAAUCCCACUCUUUCUAAGAAAGAAGACUUCAUUAUACAAGACAUUGAAAUAUGGGGCUUUGAAUAAAUAUAAACUGCUUCUACAAAAGGUUGUCCCAAACCUGUCAUGGAUCAGUGCAGCUCAAAAAGCCCUUAAAGCAAUAUAAUGCAGCAUUUUUGUUU